UUUUUUCCUUCAACCCUGGUUUAUUAUAGAAACAUAAAAUUAAUUUUACUCUUAAGGAAUUUUAACUGCCCUAUUACUUUUUGGCACUGCAAACGAACCACCCUAUGCAGUGUAAUAAAUGUUUUUUCUAUGUUGUUACUAAGGUUAUUCUCUGCCUUUUAUGUGGGUGACUUCAGAGAAUGCGCCAAGGAUAGGAUAAGAAUUCAAGGCUUUUUGAUAAACUUACGUGCUACCAUCAUAUAAAAAAUGAACUAGACCUGUUAUUCAUAGAUGAUGAAACUGAAGCGUGUUAAGGCCUUUAUGGGAGAAAAAAAAAAGCUCUAAAACUGUGCAAUUGUGUAUUCUAGAAAACAUGCGACAGUUACAGAAAUACAGAGAAUAUUGAACAGGGACUAUUCUUCAGUAAGAGAUUUGUACUCUGUCAUAUGUGAAACCCUACAUAGGAUGUUUGGUGGUUAUAAUUGAUCCAGACACCAUUUGGAGGAUGUAAUGACAAUAUGCGGAAGUAGUCUAAAUGGCUUCUCUAGGUGUACAGAGUAGCGUUCUGUUAAUUUUCAAAGUCUUGGGCUUUUUGGUGAUAUGAAGGGAAUUCUCAGCUCAGGGGAAAAAAAAAAAAGGAUAUUCGUUUUUUCUAGAAUGUAUUUUCUGUUACUCAGUUAUACAUGGCCUUAAGCUAGCGUUUUUUAUGAAUUUAAUUUUUUUAAUUAGUGCAGAACCAUUCCAACAAAGUCAUGUUUUUGUUGCAUUGUCAUUGUAGCACUUAAUUUAAUGGAUGUCUUGCUCUUACGAUCUGUGGUCAUCACUCAGAAAUACAAUCUCUAAUUCUCUGCAAAGCAGUUGAAGUUAUAAGCUAUGUAAUCCUUCUAAAGCAAUUCCUUGCGUAGUCUAUUUUGAGACUGUUCUGGUUAUAUUGGUAAUAUUUUUCAUUUUUCUACUCUAUGCUCCUCUAAUGACAGACUUUAAUUAGCUAAUUUUACUAUUGGUAUUUAACAUAUCAUGUCUAGUUUUAAUUUACCCAAUAUUCCUCAUACUGUCCUAAUAAAUUGUAUGACUUCUCAGUCAAAGUUUUUCUCGUCAUUUGAUUGUUUUGAUGUACUUGGUAGAUGUUUGUAUGAGUAAUGCUGCAUUGAGCAUAUGAAGUUUGAAGAGAUUGCUGUCUUCUGACUCUUUCCUUUCCAUCUGUUGUCUGUUUCCAAGUUUAGAACUUCUCCUUCUGCAAGAAUGGUACCCCUAUUGCUUGCAAAAAUGGCUGCCUCAGAAUAGUCCCUUAAAAAAGAAGGAAGAUAUGAGAGUCAAACUGAAGAAGCAUCAAGCUGUGAGAACAGUUUUUAAGUCUAUAGUUCUGUAACAGAUCAUCUAUCAAACAACAUCAAGGAAACAAUAUAUUUUGUGAAAGUUAAGUUUUAUAAAAUGUGAAUGUUCUGUUUUAUUAGGAAACCUCGCAUCCUUCCCAGCAGUUUGUUCUUACCGUUAGUGCUGCGUAAGAAUAAGUGAUGUGAAAGGAAUGACAGAAAAUCAGAAAGGGUAUAGUUUAAUAGUAGAGAAGAUUUCUGAUGUUUUAAUUCAAUCAUUCAUUCAGUGUAACCAACUCUGGUAGACGCCUCCUGGUGAACUGGUUGGUGUUACAGACGUUUCCUUCCCUUUCUCCAGCAGAAAACUGGAGAAAGCGCCUUUUCUCUCUUAUCCAGACUUGCUUCGCACCUUAGUCCUUAAUAUCAACUUUUUGGACUCUCCAGUCAGGCAUGAAGUGGAAGUCAACUGAACUCUGUCAUGGGCUACUGAGACACGAUGACAUUCAUGAUUGUGGUGAAUGGAAAUCAUGGCAAAGUCUAACAUGGGAGGGAAAGACGUGAAUGGACAAUGUGGCGGGACUCGUUCAGAUUGCAAAUUUUCUGCCUGCUCCUGGCAGUACUGGCUAUUGUGGUGCUGGUCCAUAACUUUCUUCAGUUAGAGCACCUAGAUGACAUCACAGUUUCAGGGUCAAAUUGGAUAACAGAAAACAAUGACCGGCAUACUCUGUCACAGAAAACUAAAACUGCCAGGAAGCUUUACUGUGGUUAUGAGCAGCAGACUUUGUCCAAGAGAGAACAAGCAGAAGAGGAAUCGUUGCUUGCUGCUAUACGGUGGCCAAAACCCCCUGAGGGCAAAAUCGCUUUUGUCCAAAGCACUGAUCCUGCACGUAGUGAUUUUGUGAUUGUGAAACCCAGUGCCCUCUUCAAGGUGGGUGAUCAGUUAGAGGUGCUGAUUCGGAUGAGGGAUUUCCAAGGAAAACCCAAGCAGUACGGUGGAGACUAUCUACAGGCACGAAUUCACUCUCCUCUGCUGAAAGCUGGAGCAGCGGGAAGGGUUGUAGAUUGCCAUAACGGCUUUUACAAGGUCUUUUUCACUUUGCUUUGGCCAGGAGAGGUCAAAGUAUCAGUGUCGCUUGUCCACCCGAGUGAAGCAAUCCAAGUUCUCCUGCGCUUACGAGAAGAGAGACCAGACAGAGUCUAUUUUAAAAGCUCAUUCAAGUCUGGGAGGUUUUCGGAAACCACUGAGUGCAACGUGUGUUUGCCUGGAGAUCUCCCAGUCUGUAACUUCACAGAUCUCUACACGGGUGAGCCGUGGUUCUGCUACAAGCCACGGAAACUGUCAUGUGCCAGUCGAAUCAGCCAUGCCAAGGGUGGAUAUCAAAAAGGUCUUCUGACUCAAGAGGAAAGUCUCUUUUUCCAAAGUGAUGUGAAUAUCAAAAGGCCGAUAUUCCCCAGUGGACCUGAUUCAGUGAUUGUAAAGCCCAAGGCGUUAACAGAUUCAAGUGAUAUAGACAAAGCUGAAGACCCCAAUGUUUCCCCUUCUGGUUAUUAUUAUCAAGACCAGUGGAGGCCCAGAGCACACAGGAUCCAUCAUUUUAAUGAGUCAGAUGAUAUUACUAAGUGCUUACAAGGAAAAGCAGUCCACUUGUUUGGAGACUCUACAAUAAGGCAGUGGUUUGAAUAUCUGACAGAAUUUGUUUCAGAUCUGGUGGAAUUUAACCUGGGGAGUCCUAAGAAUGUGGGCCCGUUUAUGUCUGUGGACCUUAAGCACAAUAUCCUACUGAAGUUCCGCUGCCAUGGGCCGCCCAUUCGCUUUACGACGGUCUUCAGCAGUGAACUGCGCUAUAUUGCUAAUGAGCUGAAUGGUAUUGUGGGUGGCAGAAACACUGUGAUAGCCAUAACUAUAUGGUCCCACUUCAGCACUUUUCCUGUGGAAGUGUAUAUCCGGCGGCUGAGGAACAUUCGCAGAUCAAUUAUUCAACUUCUGGAUCGCAGCCCCAAGACUGUAAUUGUCAUCAGAACUGCCAAUGUUCAGGAGCUUGGGCCAGAAGUGAGUCUCUUCAACAGCGACUGGUAUUCCUUUCAGCUUGACUCUAUCAUGAGGAAAAUGUUCUCAGGAAUUGCUGUGCACUUUGUGGAUGCCUGGGAGAUGUCUCUGGCUCAUUACUUGCCACAUAACUUGCACCCAAAAGAAGUCAUUGUUAAGAAUCAAAUAGAUGCAUUUCUAUCUUACGUGUGCCCUCUACAAACUUAGCACAAUUAGCUAUCCCUAUUAUCGUGUUUUGCUGUAGCCGAGGUAAAGUUGCUUCUCGUCAGAGCUAGCAAACUAUGCUGGAUGGCGUGGAGGAACUCUGGUUAUUGCAAUUGCGUGCAGUGUCAGUUGGCUGGCCUUAGCUUUGGGAAGCUCUGAAGGACAGUGAGGAGGGGUUGACUGUUCAGGCCAUAUCUUCCUGCAAGGUUGAGUCCUUUCAACCUUAUCAUUCCUAUCUCAGGUUAUUAGAGAGCUCCUUAAAUUAAAUUGACAAUAUUUGAUAGGAAAGUAUGUGGGUUCUUAGCUUCGCUGGUUGCCUGCACUGCACACUUAAUCUGUACAACACUGAUUCUGUUGCCAGAGUCUCGCUGCUCGGAACUGUGUGGAACCCAGGAAAGCGAUUUUUGGGAGCGGUCUUUCUCUUGACGUUCCAUGGUUGGAGGGACAUCCCCUCCAGUUAUACAACAGUCAGAGAAGCUAUGUGCCAUGUCUGUUCUUCUUUCAAAGCCCUGACUAGAAAUCUGAAGGUGUCCUAAAACCACCAAUAUCAAUCAAGGAAGCACAAUUAAAAUAUCUAUAGUGUUUAUCAAGUCAUCAAGAGUGUUUGUUGGAAUUUAAUAGAGCACACUAAUUGGGCACCCUUGGUGUUUUCAGAUAGCUGCUAAAUAAUGCAAACAGCCAGCCCUUUAGGUUGGGUUCCUGUACCACUGCAUCUCAUCUGAGCUUUGAUACACUGCCUACUUCUUGCUUUAUCUGUAAAGGAGAAAUGUGUGUUUGACUAUUUUAGUGAAGACACUGUCUCAGGUAGUUUCUGGAAAAUAAAUUAAAAUGGCAGGUAUGCCUACUCAAAGCUUAAGGUACUUCCUAAUGAAAAUGUUUACCUUCUCUGUUAGAUAAACCUACUCUGUUAUGUUCCCACAAAGCUGGGCUUCUGCGUUUGGUAUGGAGGAGCCAACUGAUUUGAACACGCUUGACAACGUUUGGUGAAUGAGUAACAGUAUGAGCCUGUCACACACUAAUGUCAAGGUCAUAUGACAGCUCCCUCCCCCUGUGUUUGGCAGUUCUUUUAUCAUUUAUUCAUCAGCUUCACUGCUGCCAGUAUAGAGGUUAAAAAAAAAAAAAA